GUCCAUUGAAUCGCGCGGCGGCCGGCGGCGAGCGCGGGGCUGCGCCGGGAUCGCUGCGCCCUCCGCCGCCCGCCUCUGCGCCCGCCCGGGCCACCGCCGCUCCUCGCCCGCGCCUGCCCCACGAUGGGCCGCUCCCGGCACCAGCCCGGCGGGCUCUGCCUCCUGCUGCUGCUGCUCUGCCAGUUCAUGGAGGACCGCAGCGCCCAGGCUGGGAACUGCUGGCUCCGCCAAGCCAGAAACGGCCGCUGCCAGGUCCUGUACAAGACGGAGCUGAGCAAGGAGGAGUGCUGCAGCACCGGCCGCCUGAGCACCUCGUGGACCGAGGAGGACGUCAACGACAACACGCUCUUCAAGUGGAUGAUUUUCAACGGGGGCGCCCCCAACUGCAUCCCCUGUAAAGAAACGUGCGAGAACGUGGACUGUGGCCCCGGGAAAAAAUGCCGGAUGAACAAGAAGAACAAACCCCGCUGCGUCUGCGCCCCAGAUUGCUCCAACAUCACCUGGAGAGGCCCGGUCUGUGGACUGGACGGGAAAACCUACCGCAACGAGUGCGCGCUCCUCAAGGCCAGGUGCAAAGAGCAGCCCGAGCUGGAAGUCCAGUACCAGGGCAAGUGUAAAAAGACCUGUCGGGAUGUUUUCUGUCCAGGCAGCUCCACUUGUGUGGUGGACCAGACCAAUAAUGCCUACUGUGUGACGUGUAACCGGAUUUGCCCGGAGCCCAGCUCCUCUGAGCAGUCCCUCUGUGGGAACGAUGGAGUGACCUACCCCAGUGCCUGUCACCUGCGGAAGGCUACCUGCCUCCUGGGCAGGUCCAUUGGAUUAGCCUACGAGGGAAAGUGUAUCAAAGCAAAGUCCUGUGAAGAUAUCCAGUGCACUGGUGGAAAAAAGUGUUUAUGGGACUUCAAGGUUGGCAGAGGUCGAUGUUCCCUGUGCGAUGAGCUGUGCUCUGAGAGUAGGUCCGAGGAGCCCGUCUGUGCCAGUGACAAUGCCACAUAUGCCAGCGAAUGUGCCAUGAAGGAGGCUGCCUGCUCCUCGGGUGUGUUGCUGGAAGUAAAGCACUCCGGAUCUUGCAACUGAAUCUGCCCGUAAAACCUGAGCCAUUGAUUCUUCAGAACUUUCUGCAGUUUUUGACUUCAUAGAUUAUGGUUUUUUUUUAAACGUAUUGCGUAACAGCAGAUGCCCAAAAAAAAAAAAAAGCAUCUCACUUCAAGUCACGUAAACGUGCGCCGCUGUAAUGUGGCCGUAUCAGAGGGCUUUGAAACAUACACUGAGCUGCUUCUACGCUGUUGUGGUCCACAUUUAAACAACAGCUCCCCUGUAUUCCCCCAUCUAGCCAUUUCGGAAGACACCGAGGAAGAGGAGGAAGAUGAAGAUCAGGACUACAGCUUCCCUAUAUCUUCCAUUCUAGACUGGUAAAGCCUCCACCAGGGUUGGCAUAGCCUUUGGGCAAAAAAAAAAAAAAAAGAAAGAAAGAAAGAAAGAAAAAGAAAAAAGAAAAAAGAAAAAGAAAAAAUAUAUAUUGUCCAUACUGUAAAUAAGUGUACGCUUAUUUAUUUGGGGGGAAACUAUACAUACAGGACCUUUGUCCUCCAGCUCUCUCCCAGGCCACCUUGUUACCCUUCGGACACGGAGAGGCAGUCAUUGUGAGGUCUACUGGAUGAGGCCCGUAGUUGAGACUUGUAGACAUUUAUUUAUACUGUGUCAUGUUUUAUAAUUUAUACAUAAAAUGUCUGGUUGACUGUACACCUUGUUUUUGAAGAAAUUUAUUCGUGAAAGGAAGAGCAGUUGUUAUUUAUUGUGAGGUCUCUUGCUUGUCAAGUGGAAGCUUUUUCUUUUUUUUUUUUCCUUGUAAACCAUUUAAGUCCAUUCCUUACCGUCUCACUCACCUGUCCCCUGCAUCUCGCUGUUGUUAGACUCCUUUCCAAUUUAACAAACUUGCAUGUCAGUUUGUCAUGUUUAUUUAUUGGGUUCUCUGCUGCCUGUUCUGUACAUACAUGACCCCUCGGGUUUUGUUUACAAGGAAUCUUGACUGACCAAAAGGCAUUGUAACUGACUCCAAUAGAAGGGACGGGGGAGACGUCUUUGAGGGGACUCCUCCUUCAGUGCUCUUGUGACGGCGACGUCUGUGAGACAGGCGAUCGCGAUGCUCGACUUCUAAUGAUGUACUGUGACAGAGCCAAAGAAACCGAGUGAUGGGGUCCGGGGGCUGAGGAGGGCGCGCUACCCUCACCUUCCCCAGGUGUUUCCUUUCAGCUGGUCUUCUGUACCUUUAAAUUAGUUCCUUUUCAACGAGUGUGUCACGAAAAGUCAUAUGGAAGCUUUAUCAGUUCAAGUUUCUUGCUUUUCAUAAUGCUUUUUUCUGAUGCAAUUUUAUAUUUUCAAACAUGGCAAGUUAAAUAUAAAUUCAUUUAAAUAUAUAGUUUUGUACUUUUCUACCAUGUAAAUGUGCAAUGUAUAUAAAAGUUAUAAUGUGUAUUUGUAAAUAAAUGAUGAGUGAAAAAAUAAAAAAAUUUUAAAAAGCCAA